CGUCACGAAGGGGGCGGAGCCUCUGGCAUUCAAACACAGCCUGCCUUCACUUCUGUCUGUUUUCUUUUUUUUUAUGCUUCCUGUCUUGUUUUUUUACCUCAUUUUCUGCAGCCGUCUCGUUCCAUCUCACGCCGUAUUGUCUUCCAACCUACUUGUACAUGCUGCAAUGUGGCCGACUCACAACGUGACCUACGGAUUUGUCUCCCCGGCGGCUUCUUUUUGUCAUUUUGGGAGCGGUGGAAUGAUGUUUUUGGACUAAAAAAAAAGGCGUUUAAAUGCACGCGCCUUCGAGGGAUUAUUCCACUUUUCAGCAAGAAAAGGCACACGGGCCCUUGUUGCCUUGUCGCGGCCUACAAGGUGCUGGCCAUGAAGGGUCCGAGCUCUGCAGAGAACCGCCGCCUGCUCGGCCUGCUGGAUUCGGCACUGGUGCGAGAGGCCCGCCUCUGGAAGGUCCCCGUCUCCAAAGGUGGAUGCAUUCAGGGUGCUGACAUCUCGUCGUCCCUACACCAAGACAUGAUCGUCUGGCUCAGGGACAUGAACAGACGCUUCCAGUUCUGUCCAGAGACCUUCGCGCUGGGAGUGUGCGUCCUCAACAGGCUGCUGGCCACCGUCAAGGCCCAACCAAAAUAUCUCAAAUGUAUCGCUUUGACCUCCCUGGUGCUGGCAGCCAAAAUCAACGAGGAAGACAAGGUGGUGGGUUCAGUUAGCGGUCUGGUUUCCGCGAGCGGGUGCAACUUUUCAGCGGCGGAGAUUGUUCGCAUGGAGCGGAUCAUUCUGGACAAGCUGCAGUGGGACUUGUACACGGCCACGCCCAUCGACUUCAUUCACAUCGUAAGUCGGUGAAGUCGCUCAAACAAGGGAUUGUUCUCUGCAGCCAAAAUGGCAGCUGUUGCAUAACUUUUGACUGACCUGUCCAAACCUCAUCAAAGCAAAACCAACUUUGUUUGCCAGAGUUUUCCUCCCUGACAAUCGCGUCAGACGUCGCUUGAUCAGAUUUACCUGGUCGGGAAAUGCGCUCGGCCGCUCUGUGUAAUCUCGCCGUGCAUCCUCGCUUAUUCCACCAACAUCCUUUCCCUUCCGUAAAGAUCAGCGCCAGGGUGCUGGUCGUUCUUAAAGCCACAACCCGUAAAAAUGACCCUUUUUCCCGUUUCCUGGAUUGGACUAAUGCCCCUUUUCCACUGCACGGUACCUACUCGCUUCUGCUGCCUUUCCAUUACCAAAAGUGGGCACUGUCCAGUAGGCUGGUGUGAUAUAUACCAGUGACUCUCAAACUAAUCUCGUGGUACACCAAAUAAUCGCAUAAAUAUUCAAACAGUGUUACUGUUCAAACUGUGUAAUGUUACGGUGG